AUGGCAGAUAGACUUGCGAGAAUAUUUGGAACAGAGGAAGAUAAGAUUCAUAACAAGCCGGUCAUCUCUUAAACAGUCCUUAUGCCUCAUAUGUACGAAAACCCUCCUGCAGCUGUGGCAUUUGCAGAUGGAAUUUAAGUACCAGACCACCUACUUGUAGAAGCAAUAAAUCAUUUUGAGGGUUUUUAUGAAGAAGUAUUUUUGGAGUUAGCUAAAUAUGGAGAGGUAGAAGAACUUCAUAUUUGUGACAAUAUUGGUGAGCACUUGCUUGGAAAUGUCUAUGUGAAGUUUAUUGAUGAAUAAGAUGCUGAUAAAGCAUUAAAAGGUUUGAAUGGAAGAUACUAUGGAGGUAAACCAAUUAAAAUAGAGUUCUCACCUGUUACUGAUUUUAAAGAGUCGAGAUGCAGACUCUACGUUGAGGGAUCCUGUGACAGAGGAGGAUAUUGUAAUUUUAUGCAUUUGAAGCACACUACCAAAGAAUUUCAAAUGGAUAUGAAAUAUUUAAUGUAUUAAGAAUUCCCAGAGUACAGGAGAAAUCGAGAGAGAUCCAAGUCUAAGGAGUCAACAAGAGUAUCAUAAUCGAAGCAUAAGAAGCGAAGCAGAUCAAGAUCACUGUCGAUCCAGCUUAGAGAUAGCAAGAGGAAAAGAAAGAGAAGUUAUUCUGAUUCCUCUCGAUCCAAGUCAAGAAGUUCUUCAAGAUCUUCAAAUGAUAAGUCAAGAAAAAAGAAAUCAAAGAAAUCUAAAAAGGACAAAAAGGAUAGGAAGAAGGGAGGAGAUUUAAGAAAAGAAUCUAGCGCUGAGAGAAGAGCUAUUAUUGCGGCUUGGAAUCAGGAAGAUGAUUAUGAUGACGACAAGAAUGAGAGUACGAGCUAAAGUGAUGAUCCAAGAAAGUCACUAGAUCCCCGAUUUAAAAACAAUUUGAAAGCUAAAGACGCUAAGAGUAGAGAUAAUCUUCACAUUCAAGGGUCGUUAAAUUAGCAGGAGGAUUAAUCUCUAAUAAGUAUGCUGAAAAUGCUAUAGAGUCCUGAUUUGAUACUACAACCGCAGUUAAAUUGA